AUGGAAGGGAGAAGUGGCCAUGCAUCUCCGGACGCUUCUCGUAGUGUGCGAAGAGGGCGAAUUCUCAAGCGGACUUGGGGUGGAGAGUACCAUGUCCCUGUCCACCUGAAACUUCAGCGCACCGCGUCCACAUCCAUACCCUGCCCGAACGCUUCGGGUGGAUUUGGUAGGGGUCACCCGUCUAUUACAGAAUCGCUUCUUCACGACGCAAGCACUACGCCCAAUUGGUUUGACGGAGGUUACUGUGGAUUUGCUGUUGAUGCUCAUAAGAGGAAUGAUGGCCAGGAGAGCGCACGGGCCACACUGACACUCUUCAAGAAACAUCAUGGCAAACCACAAAAGCACAGUUCAGACGCGAGGGCGGCCGUUACUUGUACUCGAGUCGCUGCCACUCGUGGCAAUACUACGGCAAGGCAAGGUCAAGGCAAGGUCAAAGCAUGUGGUCAGAAAACAUUCCAAGUCUCCACGCCGCUUCGCUUGGUCCUUGUCGUUGCCUUCUAUUUCGGUGGACACAGAUUUUCAGAGGCCAGAGCUUUUAUGGGUAUGGACGAUACUAGAUCCGUAAAGAAGCACGCGCUGACAGCACAUAGGUCCAAAAACUCGGAAACGCCUCUGGAAGAAGAAAGGCGGGGACUGAGGAGGUCUUCCUGCUUUUUCGUAGCCUCCCUUGAGACUUCCAAGCCCACCGUAACAGAGCUCCAGAGUUCGGAUGCAGACCAAGCUAUAGUGAGAACCCUUCAUAUCAAAGGAUAUCGCAUGCAGGACUUCCUGGACACUCUCAAGCGAUGCUCAAGCCUUGUGAAUCUCGUGCUGAACGAGCAAGACUGUAUAGAACACGAGCCUACUACUACACCGCUUACGGUCGUCAAGCCCGACAGCCUUAAAUCGCUUUAUGUCAAUGCUCUCGACGAAAACUGUUUCGAGGACUUGGACGUGUUUUUCCCUGAGAUCAGCCAAGGUUCUUUCAAGUCCUUCCGUACCCUCGUCUUCCGCUCGAGCUGUGCGGAAACUAUAACGCGCUUCUCCUUCAUCGGCUACAUAUUCUCGGAGGAAGAAAUGGUGUCGUUUCUUUUGGGAUUACCACAUCUUUCCGAGCUGGUUCUGUACAACUCCAAGCAGGCCCCUCCGUUCUCCAAUAUAUUCAUUGAUGCGCUACAUUCACGUGCCGGAUGCACAGACUCGGAGAGUUUCCUUCUGCCAAAUCUCUAG